AUGGAUGUAGAGAAAGAAUUAACCAAUAAAUUUCUUAGUGGUGAAAUGUCUUUCGCUGAAUAUUCUAGUGAGUGGUAUGGUUGUGACGAUGAAGAGGAAGUUGAUGACUUAAAUAAAUUGUCAGAUGAUGACUCCCGACCAGCUAUACCUCAAGUUGAAAAAAUUAGUCAAAGACGUCGUAAAUAUACGCGUUUAUCGGCAGCUUUAUUGGGAUUAAUGGGAGAAGCUAAUUUACGAUUCGUCAGAGGAGAUAAAGAAACAGCUGAAAAAAUGUGUCAUGAAAUUAUAAAGCAAGUUCCAACAGCUCCUGAGCCUUACCAAACAUUGGCACAAAUAUAUGAACAUGAUGCUGAGAAAUCCCUACAGUUUUCUUUGUUGGCUGCUCAUUUAAGUCCUUCUGAUGCUAAUGAGUGGUUAAGGCUUGCUGCUAUAUCAAAACAGAGAAACGAUGUAAAACAGGAAAUGAUUUGUUAUACUCAGGCUAUUAAAGCUGAACCAUUCAACUUAGACAUACAUAUGAAAAGGCUUGACUUAUUGACAGUUUUAGAAGAAAUGAAGUAUCCACUCAAUACAUUAAAUGUUACAAGAGUUAAAUGCUAUCACAAAAUUGUUACUUGCUUACCAGCAACAGAAGCAGAAACUAUCAUGAAGUAUGCUAAAAUGGCAGCAACAAUAUAUCACAACAGUAAUGAAUUCGAGCGUUCUCUUGCUGUGCUUGAAGCAGCUUAUAAAAAAUGUUCCUCACUUUUCACAUUAGAAGAUACAAAUAUUUACUUAGAAUUAUUGAUAGGUCAAAAACAAUAUCAAACCUGUAUUGAUGUUUUUGUUGCAAAGGUUGGAAUUAUAAUUGAAGCUGAAAUACAAACAAUAAGAAAUUCCAAUAAUGAGAUAGAAGAGCAGACCAAUUAUUUAAACUGUACAAUUCCUAAUAAUUUACCUAUUGAUCUGAAAAGUAAAUUGUUAAUAUGUUUUAUACAUUUGGGAGCUUUUAGCCUUGUAGAGACACUACUAAAUGAUUUUCUAACUAAUGAUGUCGAAAAGGCAGGAGAUUUGUACAUGGAUAUAGAGGAAGCAUUUUCUUCUGUUGGUCACCAUGAAUUAGCUAUGCAGCUUUUAGAACCACUUGUAAAGUCCGCUUGUUUUGAUUUAGGCGCUGUGUGGCUUAAACAUGCUGAAUGUCUUUACAAUUUAGGAAGGCAGGAUGAGGCUAUUGAGUCUUAUUAUAAAGUUCUAAAACAUGCUCCACAACAUCCUGAUGCUCGGCGUAAGCUGUUUACAAUAUUAGAAAAAAAAGGUUGCAUAGAUGAAGCACUGGAUAUCUUACAACAAGAUUAUAAUUAUGUUGUUAGUGCUAAGUUACUUUAUGAACAUUGUUUGGAGCUCAAAAAGUAUAACAAACCAUUAAAAUACCUGGAAGUUGGUGAAGCUUUGUUAUCAAAAACCUUUCCAAAAUUUAGACAUCAGGAAGAACUAGGAAUUGCUUGUAAAACAAAAGGUGGAAUAGAUUUAAUACAUGAUUUUAGAAAAAUGAGAGGAGAAAAUCCGUAUCAUGAAGAUGAUCUUCACUUUGAUGAGGAUGAAACAUUUAAAUUAACACCACAACAGGAAUGGGAUUUGUUUAGAGAAUUAUUAGAAAUCGCUCUUAAUAAUAAAAAAAAAUUCACCAUGGAAAGGUUGUGUUUUGGGGCAAUGAUGUCUAAAGCUUUAGCAUCAUAUCGCCUCAAUAUUGAUUUUUACUGUUUACAAGCUUGUAUCUUAAGCAAUAAUCAUCACAAUGCCCUAAGAUUUAUAAGAGAUUUUUCUCAUAAAUACCCUGGCCCUUGCUCAUGGAAUUUAUUAAAUUUGGUUAUUAGUUCAGUAGACGAUACGGCACAUGUUAAGUUUUUGUCAAGGCUUUUUCAAAAAGAUUAUAAUAUAGUUAGCAAUUUAUUUUUAGGCAAUAACUUUCUGAUAUCUGGGAGAUAUCUUAUUGCAUUAAAAUAUUUUUUGGAGUACUAUGACCAUUGUAGAGAACCCUUAUGUGCAUUUUUGAUUGCUAUAACAAUUAUGAUUAUGGCAGCUCAGAGGACUGUAGACAAGCAUCAUAAUUUGAUACUGCAAGGUCUUUCUUAUCUUUCAACUUAUAAGCAAUUGCGGAGAUGUGAUCAGGAAGCAUAUUACAAUAUGGGUAGAAUUUGUCAUAUGUUAAGCUUAAAUAACUUAGCUAUUGAAUACUAUGAGAAAGCAUUGUCUUGUGGUCCUAUAACAAAAUGUGAUAAACAUGGUAUCAUAGAUUUAACCAAAGAAACAGCUUAUAACCUUUAUAUAUUGUAUAAAGACCAUUCACCUGAAAUUGCACGAAAAUAUAUGUUCAAAUAUCUUGUAAUUUAA